AUGGCGGAGCUGGCCGGUGCCGUCCCCGGCAGCGCGCACAGACUGAGCCCGCUGGCGCCCCGCCGCCUCCUCCACGCCUCUUCUACUACUGCCACGGCAAGGCGCAGCGGUGCGCUGCUCCACGCUAUGACCUCCCGCCUCCGGAAGCACCUUCCUUGCCCGCCGGCAGCUGCUGACCCUGCCCCGCGCCCAGCGGAAACUACUUGUCCCGGCGUGCAUCGCGGCGGGCGGGAGCGGUUUGGAGGCGGGAGCCCUGAGGGGGUGGGUGUGGUUGCGGGACCGCGGUUGCUGGCGAGCGGCAGUGGCGGCGGCUUCUGCGGCACCUCCGGGGUGGUAUCCGGCGGGGACAAGAGGCUCAAGAUGUCGAGGAACUUCUCUGACACAGGAAGCAGAAAAGAACAUGUUAAAAUCACAAGCAAGUCCAAACCAGGAUUUCUGGAGAGGCUCAGUGAGACUUCUGGAGGAAUGCUGAUGGGACUUGUGACAUUUCUUCUGUCCUUCUACCUUAUUUUUACCAAUGAAGGGCGAGCUUUAAGGACAGCUAAAUCUCUUGAUGAGGGACUUUCUCUUGUGAUCCCUCUUGAUAGCAUCCACAGUGUGUCUCAGCAGAAUGAAGGGAGACUGGUGCACUUGACUGGUGAUCUGAGUACAUCUAAGCCUUUGUUUGAUCCCAGCUAUGGGCUCUCCAUCCAGGCUGUCAAACUGAAGCGUAAAGUGGAAAUGUACCAAUGGGUAGAAUAUGAAGAUUCCACAGAAUAUGAAGAGAAUGGUGAGAUUAAGAAAGAGACAAAGUAUUCAUACAAUACUGAGUGGAAAUCAGAGGUUGUGAACAGCAGAAACUUUGAUCGAGAAAUUGGACACAAAAACCCUAGUGCCAUGGCUGUGGAGUCUUUCACUGCUGUUUCUCCCAACGUCCAGGUUGGCAGCUUUGUUCUUUCCAAGGGUCUUGUGGAUAAAAUCGAUGACUUCAAGCAGAUGAGCUUGUCUAACCUUGAGGAUCCACAUGCUGAUGUUACCCGAGGAGGAGAUUACUUUUACCACAGUGAGAACCCCAGGCGUCCAGAAGUAGGAGACCUUCGUGUCUCAUUCUUCUACGCAGGUUUGAGUGGACAUGAUCCCCAAUUGGGCGCUGCUGAUAAGGUGACUGUGAUUGCUCGCCAGCGAGGGGAUCAGCUGGUUCCAUAUCAUACAAAGUCUGGAGAUAUUUUGCAGAUUCUGUACCCUGGGGAUCUGUCUGCAGAGGAAGUGUUUCAGAAAGAGCAUGAGAGUAACACCAUGAAGACCUGGGCCCUCCGUGGAGCAGGCUGGCUGGCAAUGUUUGUAGGCAUCAGCUUAAUGACCCGAAUCUUUUAUACUUUAGUGGACUGGUUUCCUGUUGUGAGAGAUCUGGUUAACAUUGGCCUAAAAGCAUUUGCUUUCUGCGUAGCCAGUUCACUGUCUCUCCUGACCAUCUCCGUUGGUUGGCUCUUCUACCGGCCUCUCUGGGCUCUGCUCAUUGGGUUGCUUUCUGUGGUUCCAAUUGUGGUUGCGAAAUCUCGUGUUCCACCAAAGAAGCAGCAGUGAGGAGGAAGUGAUGGGAUGUUGUGCUGAAUCCUGGUUAGAAACUUUUCAAGUGCAUUUCUGUCCCGUUACUGCACCACGCUUGCAGCAUAUCCCGGUUCAGUGGUGUGCACCAAGGACUGGGGAGGGAGCUCGGAUGUGGUUGUUGGUACACAUUAUCCAUGAAAAAGAGGGCUAUGGGGUGCUGCUUGUAGCAAGUCAAUGAUACUGAUUUUGGAAGAAAAAAUGUUUUGGAGUGUCUAUUGAUUAUAAGAUGGUGAACAAGCAGAUUUGUACUUCCUACCACUUAUUAAUUCUGAUUUGAGGAAUGGCAAAGUCCACACUGACAGAUGGGGCACCUUGUGUAUUGUGUAGCGAGGGCCAUCUCCAUCCCACAGUCUGUGCUUUAGAUAUCCUCUGGAAAUACCUGUGUGUCCCUGUGUUUGACAAACCCUUCCUCUGCUGCCUUUCCUUCAAUGCACAGUCACGUAUCAUGUACACUUCUUUGGCUGAAGCAUUUGAGAACAUAUGUGUUCAAAGGGAAAACAAUCAAAUUUUACCCAAUACUUGUGUAAAACUUGUGGUUUUGGAUUGAGGAUUUUCAAAGCAACUUGACAUGAGUGGCCAGGUUAGCAGUGCUCUGACAUAGGGCAGAUUUGUUGGAAAGUGUUGAUUUCCCACAGCUUUUAAAAAGUCUCUGAGGUUGUUGGUUAAGCAUCCAAAAUGGGAGCAUGGAUUAUCCUGUGGCAUAACUAUUAAAAAAAUGGAACCUCACAUUGCACUCAUUUAAGACUCAGAGGUCACUAAACUUUAAAAUAUAAACUUUAAAAAUAAAACCUGUUGCCUUGAAACAAAAUCAACUUUUGGGAUUGAAUGUAUAUUCUUUAAAAUAUUUGGGGUUUUUUUUGUUGUGUAUACUGUUUUUCUUGAAUUUCUUAUAGUAAGGACAAUGAACAUACUCCAUGAGGGUUAAAAAUGAGAACACUUUUGCCCAAUUAGAUUUUGUAGACUUCAGUAGCCUAUAUUUUGAGCUUUGUAUCACAUUAGAUGAAAUGCCUUCUUGUAGUGUUACAAUCGCUCAUGUUUACAUAUUUCUGCUGUAACCAGUACUUGACAUUAGAGACUGUCUCAUAGUGUUUUUAAGUCCCCCUCCACCCAGCUAGAGUCUGGCUUCCAGAUGUGCCCUCCUUACACUAUGAUGGUGUUCUUUUUUUCUGUAAGCAUGCACAGUUUAGUACAAAUAUAAUGUCUUUAUUUAUGAAAUCCAGUGGUGACUGUCAAGAGAAAUGUUUUCCUCAUACCAAGGGAACUUGGACAUAGAAGCAAAUGUUUGCUAUGAACAGUAUCAAAACAGACAUCUGAGUUAUAAAUCGUAAAUGUUUUAAGAAGUAGUAGUUACUUCAGCCUUAAUUAUUAGCAUUCUUCUGGUAUUUGAAUGUUGUCAAUGCAGUCUCAUGGCUUGGUCCUGGUAGUAAAAGUGGUAGAGGGAAAGGUUCAGGAGGUCUGCAGGCAGCUGGCAUGCCUCAGCAGCAUUGUGCAGGCUGUCUGCCGCUUGCUGAACAUCAGCUUUUGCUCCGUCAAUCACAAAUUGCACUCCGUGGAGAGACAAGACACGUUACUAAUGAUGUGGGAAACUCACCAGCAUUACCAUGUUAGAGAUGAAGGUACAAUUUUCUACUAAAAUGCUGAGUUUUUGUAUAGUUAAUAAAAUACACUUUUCAAAA